AUGCUCUCCGAGGACGUGGAAAAGGGUAUCGGAAACGACACUACAGCCACCGGUGCGAGCUGGGAAUACCUGAGCGUUGAAGGCUCACCUGGCCUGGGCCUCUUAACAAGCCAAAGUCACCCUUGGGAAGGAGCUGCCACUUAUGUUUUGACGGAAUGGGCGACUGGUCUUCGACAGGCCAGCGGUGUUGCAGGCUAUGGGUGGAACGAGUGGGUUUUGGCCCCCGAGACUGGCAUAGCGAUGGGAUUGAACAAAUCUAGUUCUCGGGUUGUCACAGGCUCUGGAGAUACGCUGUCAGUGUGGUGGGCUUUGCAUCAGACGGGUUUGCGAGUACACGCCGAUGUACCCGACGGCACAAAGGGAACCAUCCGAUUCCGUGGGAGCUCCAAGACCUUUUCUGCGGGUCACAAUCAGUCGGCUACCCUUACGUUAUGA